GAGAAAGCCAGACAAGUCUUCCUGCCCUCUUUCUUUCAUUCACUCACCCACUCCGUCCCAGCGAGAGAGAGCUGGUGACUCCGUCUCAGAGAGAGAGAGAGAGCUGGUGACUCCGAGAGAGAGAGAGAGAGAGAGAGAGAGAGAGAGAGAGAGAGAGAGAGCUGGUGACUCCGAGAGAGAGAGAGAGAGAGAGAGAGAGAGAGCUGGUGACUCCGAGACAGAGAGAGAGAGAGCUGGUGACUCCGAGGGAGAGAGAGAGAGCUGGUGACUCCGAGACAGAGAGAGAGAGAGAGAGAGAGAGAGAGAGAGAGCUGGUGACUCCGAGACAGAGAGAGAGAGAGCUGGUGACUCCGAGACAGAGAGAGAGCUGGUGACUCCGAGACAGAGAGAGAGAGAACUGGUGAGACCGAGACAGAGAGAGAGAGCUGGUGACUCCGAGACAGAGAGAGAGAGCUGGUGAGACCGAGACAGAGAGAGAGCUGGUGACUCCGAGACAGAGAGAGAGAGAACUGGUGAGACCGAGACAGAGAGAGAGAGCUGGUGAGACCGAGACAGAGAGAGAGAGCUGGUGACUCCGAGACAGAGCACAACUGCAGACUGAGUAAGGAUGUUGGGCCUCCUCCUGUGUGUGAGUUCCCUCCUCCUCCCCCUCCUCUCCCCCUCCCUCGCCCAGGGAUCAGGGCCAAGGGUGCGCCUGGCAGGUGGGAGGCGGGGCCCCAACGAGGGUCGCGUAGAGGUGUUCUAUAACGGGGCGUGGGGGACAGUGUGUGAUGAUGAGGUGGAUAUUAACCUGGCCAACGUGGUGUGUCGAGAGCUGGGCUUCUCACGCAGUCUCACCUGGGCUCACAGCUCUAAGUUUGGGGAAGGACAAGGUCUGAUCUGGUUGGAUAACGUGCACUGCAUGGGGACGGAGCUCUCCCUGUCUGACUGUCACUCCAACGGCUGGGGGAUAAAUGACUGCACCCACUCUGAGGACCUGGGGGUCGUCUGUAGCACCCAGAGGAGGGUAGACUACUCCCCUAACCAGGUAGAGGGCUCCCCCACAUCCCUGGGCGUCCCAGUGGCCUCGGCCCGACCACAGAGGAUCCCCAACCUCUCCACACCGCCACGUUUAUCCACAGUCCAAGACAGGGUGGCCCCUCCUCCCCCUGCUCACAUCACAUCCCCCGGGAGAAGGGGUCAUGAGAUCGCCCUCCACCGCAACACCCCCAGAGGUCAGGGUCAAAGUUCACCGCAACAGCGUCGGGGUCAUGAUAUCCACUUGCGUACCCGGAACGGCCAGAGUCAGGCGGGAGGGGAGGCCAGGACGAGACAGGAGAACCCGGCCGUGCCCCAGGGGCAUCAGAUCCCCCCCCGGCUGGGGAAUGGUGCAGCCUACAGGCAGGCCCAGGAUGUGGGGCGGACCGGACCACAGGCGGCCAGACGGGAGGCAGAGAUCCCCAGGCAGCCCAGUGGGAACCAUGUUGAACCAGAGGCAGAAAUCACCAACAUGGACCUGGAGACAGACAUCACAGACGGACAGACGGCCAGUAGGGUGAGACUGGAGGAGGUACGUCUCCGGCCCGUUCUGACAGGCGUCCGUACCGGCCUGCUGUCAGAGGGCGUUUUGGAAGUGAAGCAUGCUGGGAGGUGGCGUCAUGUGUGCGACCAGGGCUGGGACCUCAGCGGCAGCCGUGUGGUGUGUGGCAUGCUGGGAUACCCCUCCGCCGAGGCAUACGACCACACCGUCUACAGGAAACUAUGGGACGCCAAGUUGGCAGAUCCCUCUACAAGACUAGCAGGUCUGUCCAGUAAGAAGGGUUACUGGGUAGAGCAGGUCAAGUGUUUGGGUACGGAGCCUGUCCUCUCCCAGUGCCACUCCCAGCUCUCCCUCCCCAGGAACCAGGUCACCUGUCAGGGGGGCAUGUACGCCGUGGUGCGCUGUGUACCUGGACACCAGUUCACACGCCUCUCCUCGGGGAGACCGCCCGCUCCCCCCGACGUCCAGCUGGGGGUGCGUCUGAAAGCAGGCCCCAGGCUGGGGGAGGGCAGGGUGGAGGUACUGAGAGAGGGGAAGUGGGGGACCGUGUCGGACCACCUGUGGGACCUGAAGGCAGCCAGUGUGGUCUGCAGGGAGCUGGGGUUCGGAUCGGCCAAGGAGGCUCUCAACAAGGCCCAGCUGGGACAGGGUACUGGACCUAUUCAUAUGAACUCAGUUCAGUGUACAGGCAGAGAGAAGUCUCUGCUGCAGUGUUCUUUCAGGGAGGUUCCUCUCUACAGUGUAAAACACACUAAUGACGUGGCUGUGCGCUGCAACGUCCCCAACACUGGGCUGGAGACCACGGUGCGGUUGGCGGGGGGCAGGGAGCCUGCAGAGGGGCGUGUGGAGGUGCUGAUGGAGGUGGGAGGGGUACAGCGCUGGGGGGCCGUCUGCAGUGAGAACUGGGGCAUCAACGAGGCCAUGGUGGUGUGCAGACAGCUGGGCUACGGCUUUGCAAACAGAGCUCACCAGGAGACGUGGUACUGGCCCGGAGCUCCGGAGGCAGCAGAGGUGGUUCUGACUGGAACCCACUGCAUCGGCACAGAGAUGUCCGUUCAGCAGUGUCGUAGGAACACACAGGUCUACUGCCCCAGGGGAGGAGAUGGCAAGGCGGCUGGGGUCACCUGUGUUGAGACGGCCCCUGACCUGGUAUUAGAUGCCCAGUUGGUCCAGGAGACAGCCUACCUGGAGGACCGCCCCUUGCACCUCCUGACCUGUGCCAAUGAGGAGAACUGUCUGUCGUCCUCUGCUGCCCGGAUGAGCUGGCCUUACGGACACAGACGCCUGCUACGAUUCUCCUCACGCAUCAUGAACAUGGGCCGGGCCGACUUCAGACCUAGAGCGACCAGGGAGUCCUGGACCUGGCACCAGUGUCACAGGCACUACCACAGCAUUGAGGUGUUCACCCAUUAUGACCUUCUGACCCUGAAUGGAACAAAGAUCGCUGAGGGUCACAAAGCCAGCUUCUGUCUGGAGGACACCUACUGUCCCGAAGGUAUGCAGAAGCGCUACUCGUGCUACAACAUGGGAGAGCAGGGUAUCCAGGUAGGUUGCUGGGAUACGUAUCGCCAUGACAUCGACUGUCAGUGGAUCGACAUCACAGACAUCAGCCCCGGGGAGUACAUCUUUCAGGUUGAAGUGAACCCCUCGUUGGACAUGGCCGAGUCAGACUUUCAGAACAACGUGAUGCGUUGCCGCUGCAAGUACGAUGGAGGACGUGUCUUCAUGUUCGGCUGCCACGCUGGUGAUGCAUACAGUCCAGACGUGGAGGAUCUGUUUGAGCACCAGCGUCAGAUCACCAACAACUUCCUCUAACCAACGGAACAACAAAAGAACCAAUGGGAGAUCUCCAUCCAACCGAACAACGAAUGAAAGACUUCAGAACAACCAGUCAACCAAUGGGGGUUCUCAGGGCAGAGCUUUGGAACCACAGCUCAUCUCAACUUACCCAAUCAGUGGAGAGGAGCCGGAGGAGAACCAGGAAGCCGGGGUUGGAAUGGAUUGUGCGAGGGAGGGGGGAGGAAGGAAGAGGGGAGGGAAGGGGGGAAUUGUUUCUGGAAAGGUCAAAGAAAGAAUCACCUGAACAUCAAGCAAUCAUCGCACCUUCCCCAUCACUAACCAUAUCUCUGAGAGAGAGAGAGAGAGAGAGAGAGAGAGAGAGAGAGAGAGAGAUAGACAGAGACGUAUACAGGACUUAUGGGUAGUUAUGACACGUUUCUCAGUUGGAAUUGGACCAUAUCAAGCUGUCACAUGUGUCAGGUGUCACCAUGAUAACAGGAUUUAGAUUAAAUUAGAGAUGCUUGUCUUGAAACAAAAAAUUAUGUGCAACAUGGAGUUAUUUACAGAUUUGAAAUGACGGAAAAACAACAAGAUUGUUCCCUAAGAUUCAGACAUACUAUGGUUAUGUAGCACAGGAGGCUGGUGGCAUCUUAAUUGGGGAGGAUGGGCUGAUAGUAAUGGCUGCAAAGGAAUUAAAUGGAAUGGAAUCAAACACAUGGUUUCCAUAAAACCCCAAUCAAUACUUUAAACUGCCCGAAUGGCACCAGAACGUCAAGAUGAAAUGGAUUUUCAAUUUUGUUCCAGCAAUACGGUGCAUUAAAAACAAAAAGCAGAUUUACCUGCCGGAGACCAAGUUAACCAAGCCUUAGGUAAUUCAGGUGUCUAUACUUCAACAGCAAAGUUAGAUAAGACCUUGUAAACAACAAGGGUGUCUUCCUGCUUGCGGACAUUUUGAAUUCUGUAUAUGUCUGUGUUUAUGUCUGUGUAUAUGUCUGUGUCUGUGUAUAUGUCUGUGUAUAUGUCUGUGUUUAUGUCUGUGUUUAUGUCUGUGUAUAUGUCUGUGUUUAUGUCUGUGUAUAUGUCUGUGUAUAUGUCUGUGUAUAUGUCUGUGUUUAUGUCUGUGUAUAUGUCUGUGUAUAUGUCUGUGUAUAUGUCUGUGGUUAUGUCUGUGUAUAUGUCUGUGUAUAUGUCUGUAUAUAUGUCUGUGUAUAUGUCUGUGUAUAUGUCUGUGUUUAUGUCUGUGUAUAUGUCUGUGUAUAUGUCUGUGUUUAUGUCUGUGUAUAUGUCUGUGUAUAUGUCUGUGUAUAUGUCUGUGUUUAUGUCUGUGUAGAUGUCUGUGUAGAUGUCUGUGUAUAUGUCUGUGUUUAUGUCUGUGUAUAUGUCUGUGUUUAUGUCUGUGUAUAUGUCUGUGUAUAUGUCUGUGUUUAUGUCUGUGUAUAUGUCUGUGUAUAUGUCUGUGUUUAUGUCUGUGUAUAUGUCUGUGUAUAUGUCUGUGUAUGUGUUGAUGUCUGUGUUUAUGUCUGUGUAUAUGUCUGUGUAUGUGUUGAUGUCUGUGUUUAUGUCUGUGUAUAUGUCUGUGUUUAUGUCUGUGUAUGUGUUGAUGUCUGUGUUUAUGUCUGUGUAUAUGUCUGUGUAUGUGUUGAUGUCUGUGUAUAUGUCUGUGUAUAUGUCUGUGUUUAUGUCUGUGUAUGUGUCUGUGUAUAUGUCUGUGUAUGUGUCUGUGUAUAUGUCUGUGUAUAUGUCUGUGUAUGUGUAUAUGUCUGUGUAUAUGUCUGUGUAUGUUAUAUAGCUGAGCCUUUAAGUUGUCUAUUGUCUUCUCAAUCUCAGUCAUGAUCUUAUAAGAUAGUAUCACAGACGCAAGGAAACGUAUGAAAUUGGAUUCGCAUUUAUUAUUGUAUGUUUUUGUCUGUCGAAAGUUCAACUCAAGUCAACUAUUUCCGGAGUUUCAUACGCACAAAAGGCCGUCAUCUUGUGUGUUUUCUUUCGAAAGACAAUCAUCUCGGUUGUCCAUCUUCCAUCAACGGAAGCCCUCCAUUGAAAAACCAUUGGCUCAAAGCCAUAGUUUUCCUCACACAAACUUCCUGUCUGGCCACUGCCUUGGUAAUUGAUCAGGGCCCGGUUCCCCAAAAGCAUCUUGAGGCUAAGUUUAUCUUAGAACCAUAGGAUCCUUGAGAUGUUUUUGGGAAACCGGGCCUUGGUGGUUUUCUCUCGUCCUCUUGCCUGUUGUCCAUCCAUCAUCAAAUCAGAUCCCCCUACUUCCUUUAAAAACUGGCCUUCAUGUGCUUUCAUAUAUCUACUUCACAAAUGCAGUAUUUAUGCAAUACAAAUGCAGUAUUUAUGCAAUACAAAUGCAGUAUUUAUGCAAUACAAAUGCAGUACUCGCUGUAAAAAAAAAGUGAUGUGUUUUUUGUUAUAUGGAAAUGACAUUGACAAGUAUUUUUCAUGGUGCUAACGUUUAGCCUUUAAAAACAUAAUCAUAUUGUAAUGUAUUGCAAAUGUAGUUUUAUGUGACCUUCUAGAAUAUCGUCCUGUAGGUUUGUAAUUUAUACUUUAAUAUGAUGUACUUUGGACUUAAAACGUUUUGUCCCUUUUUGUAGUUGUGUUUUUCAUAAGGUUGCAAAAUUCUGGUAACUUUCCCACGAGUCCCAGGUUUUCCAGCAACCCCGGUUGGAAGAUUCUGGUAACUUUCCCACGAGUCCCAGGUGUUCCAGCAACCCGGUUGGAAGAUUCUGGUAACUUUCCCACGAGUCCCAGGUGUUCCAGCAACCCGGUUGGAAGAUUCUGGUAACUUUCCCACGAGUCCCAGGUGUUCCAGCAACCCGGUUGGAAGAUUCUGGUAACUUUCCCACGAGUCCCAGGUUUUCCAGCAACCCCGGUUGGAAGAUUCCUGGAAUCAGGAAGUAAUAAAGCAGGACAUCUGGGAAAUAUAGGAAUCCUACAACUGGGAAUUUUGGAAAAGUUACCAGAUUUUUAAAAGAAAUGUGCAACCCUAGUUUUGUAUUGUUUAUGUUUUAUUAGGAUAAAUCCUAUAGUUGCUGUCAUCAGUCUGUUUUGACACCAGUGAACCUCAUCAUACAGGUAGAUAUAUUGUGACCAGUAGCGCUCUGGUUAAAAGCAGUGCUCUAUGUUUUGGGAAUAGGGUGACAUUUGGGAUGCACUAUGGUUGUACCUAAUAAGUACUGCACCUGAUACUUGGCAAUGGUAGAGAACAAUAAACAUCAGAUUUCCAAACGA